CCGGAAUGGACGCCAAGCAACAACGUGGUGAAAAGAGACAAUUCGGAAAUAGAAGAGGAGGAAGAGGAGCACCAAGAGGAAGAGGAGCUAGAAAAGAUGGAGCCUCAGAUGGAUGGACACCAGUUACCAAGCUUGGAAGAUUAGUUAAAGACGGAAAGGUCAAGAGCAUUGACCAAAUCUUUGAAUUUGGUAUUAAAAUUAAGGAAUAUCAAAUUGUUGAUCAUCUUCUUCCAGGUCUUAAAGAAGAAGUUAUGACUAUGCAAUCAGUCCAAAAACAAACUUCUGCCGGUCAAAGAACCAGAUUAAAGGCAUAUGUUGCUAUUGGAGAUCACAACGGUCAUGCUGGACUUGGAGUUAAAUGUGCUAAAGAAGUUGCUGAAGCUAUUAAAGGAGCUAUGAUCCAAGCUAAAUUAGCUAUGGUUCCAGUUAGAAGAGGAUAUUGGGGAGCUACCAUUGGAGAAGUUCACACAGUUCCAUGCAAACUUACUGGUGCUUGUGGUUCAGUUCGUGUCAGACUUGUUCCAGCUCCAAGAGGAACUGGUAUUGUUGCAGCACCAACACCAAAGAAAUUCUUAAUUCUUGCAGGUAUUGAAGAUGUUUUCACUCAAACCACUGGACAUACUAAGACUCUUGGUAACUUUGUCAAAGCUACUUAUGAUGCUGUUAGACAAUCAUAUGGAUUCCAAACAAAAGACUUAUGGAAAGUUGGAGGAGUUAAACAAUCACCAAUGGACAAGUAUGCUAAAAUUCUUGCUGAAUCCAAGAAGAAUUAAAUUCUAAUCCUUUUUGUUCUA